AUGUGGCCGUCGACACCAGCGGGUAACUGUGUUGAGGCUCGAUCAUCGAAAGCAAUCCGGGUCAGUUUCGCCUCACAUUGGAAAUCUGAGCUUUCUCAGCCUGGGGAACUAUGGCUUCGCAACAAUAGCUUUAGUCACGAAAUUCCCCAAGAACUCGGUCACUUGCAAAGACUGAAAAAGAUGUCGCUGCAAAAUAAUUCUAUUACCGGGCUGACGGGGGAAAUUCCUCCGGAUCUCGGUUGCUUGACUAUGCUAGCGGGUCUGUUUAUGAGCAAAAACAAUCUAACUGGAGGUUUGCCUUCUACUCUCGGGAAUCUGUCUUCUCUUACAAUUUUUAAUGCAGUUUUUAAUAAGAUUGGCGGUACCAUACCUGAUACUCUUGGUCGAUGGGAAAAAUUGGAAGCUCUCUUAUUGGGAGUGAACAAUUUGGUCGGUACCAUUCCUUUCUCAAUCUAUAAUAUCUCUUCUAUCACAAUCAAACUAAGUUACCUUAACUUGGCAGAAAAUGGAUUUAAAGGAAAAGUCCCUGCCUUGGAGAAGCUACUUGUUCUUUGGGACUUAGAAUUACACCAGAACAAUCUAGGAACAGGGGAAGUCGAUGACUUGAGCUUUCUUGACACUUUGACCAAUGCCUCUAGAUUGUCUGUUGCGUCUCUAGCCUACAACAACUUUGGAGGUGUCUUACCUGAAUCAAUCAGCAACUUCUCUUCUGAAUUCUUGAAUUUAAGCUUGCAUCAGAAUGAAUUAGUUGGGAGCAUUCCAUCCGGGAUAGCAAAUCCUAUCAAUUUGCAAGUUCUUGACUUAUCCAACAACCAAUUAAGUGGUAAAAUUCCUUCCAAUAUCGGGAAGCCCAUCAAUUUGCAGGUUCUUGACUUGUCCAACAACCAAUUAAGUGGUAAAAUUCCUUUUGAUAUCGGGAAGCUUCAAAACCUGCAGUAUUUGACGCUGGAAGAUAAUAAAUUCCACGGAGAGAUGCCAUCUUCGCUUGCAAAUUUACCGUUGUUAAUAUGGCUUGAUGCAUCUGGAAAUUAUCUUCAAGGCAACAUCCCAACAUACGUCGUGAAAUACCAAAGUUUGGAGACACUAAGUCUUGAUCACAAUUAUCUUAGUGGUAUCAUACCCAAAGAAGUUGGCAGUCUCUCGUCAUUGUUGCGGCUAAACCUAGCAUAUAACAAUUUGAGUGGUUCCCUUCCUCAGGAAAUUGGACUUCUUCAAAAUCUGGAAAUGCUUGAUGUUUCUAAGAACAUGUUGGUUGGUAAUAUUCCAAGUUCUUUGGGUAGUUGUGUAGAGUUGACGUCAUUGAACAUGGGUGGAAACAAAUUGUGGGGAAUCCUUCCUUCUACUUUAGCUUCUUUGAGAGGUAUGGAGGAGUUAGAUCUUUCUCACAACAACCUCUUAGGAACAAUCCCCAACUACUUGGAUGGCUUUGUCUUCUUACGAAAACUAAACCUAUCAUUCAAUGAUUUUGAGGGGGCAGUACCAGAAAAAGGUGUAUUCAAGAAUGCAACUAUCAUUGUCGUUAAAGGAAACAAGAAGCUCUGUGGAGGAAUACUUGAAUUGCAGCUGCAGAGAAACAAUUUUCCCCAGCUGUCAUACCAAAGUCUACUGAGAGCUACUAAUGGCUUCUCUCCAGCCAAUCUGAUCGGUGUGGGUAGUUUUGGUUCAGUAUAUAGAGGAAUUAUUAAUGAGGGUCGGAAAGUUGUCGCAGUUAAAGUACUAAACCUUCAACUUAGCAGUGCUUCCAAGAGUUUCCUUGCAGAGUGUAAGGCCUUGAAGAGCAUCAAACAUCGAAAUCUUCUAAAGGUACUCACAACAUGUUCAAGUGUCGAUUACCAGGGCAAUGAAUUCAAAGCUCUUGUGUAUGAGUUCAUGGUCAAUGGGAGCCUAGAGGAGUGGCUGCAUCCCAAUGAGAUCAAACAAGACGUGGACAGGCAAUCAAGGCAUUUACACAUGCUACAAAGGUUAAAUAUUGCAAUUGAUGUAGCAUGUGCACUUGAUUAUCUUCACCAUCAUUGCUCCAACCAAAUACUUCAUUGUGACUUGAAGGCAAGCAACAUCCUUCUAGAUGAUGAAAUGAUUGGGCAUAUAGGUGACUUUGGGUUAGCGAGAUUCCUUCGAGAAGCUACCCAUACCUCUUCUACAAAUCAGUCAAGUUCAAUUGGCAUAAGGGGUUCUAUUGGUUAUGCGGCUCCAGAGUAUGGAUUGGCAAAUGAGGUGUCAACAUGUGGUGAUUUAUAUAGUUAUGGCAUCCUCUUAUUGGAGAUGUUUACCAGGAAGAGACCAACCGACCGUAUGUUUAUUGAUAGUCUCACUCUACAUGACUUUGUUAAGAUGUCGCUUCCUGAAAAAAUAGUGGAAAUUGUUGAUCCAACAAUGCUUCAACAAAGAGAAAUGGGGGAGGCCGGUUCUAGUACCAACAACAAUAAGAGUCAGAGCUCUCUUAGCAGUUACAAAAUUCAGGAAUGCUUGAUUUCACUGCAUAAACUUGGAAUCGCCUGUUCUGAAGAACAUCCGGAUGAUCGACUCGACAUUAAGGAAGUUGUUCCUCAGUUACGUGAAAUCCGCAAAAACUCUGCUUCAUACCAGAGUUCAUUGAGGCAAAACCGCUGGUGUUGUUGA